CCUGUUUUCCUGCAGGGGGGACACUGGAGAAAAUAUAGCGGAUCUGAUCUGCUCAGCUCCCCGGCGACGAAAAAAAAAAAACAAAAAACAACAACAACUCAUCGGCGGACACUCUCAAGCAAGCGGGAUUGAUAAAGACGCGGCUGCUGCGUUGCUUCCAGUGCGGGGAGAUGAGCAGCGGCGGGGCGGGGAGCUGAGAGCUGCGGGUCGUCCUGCCACUCAUCUUUGUCCUCUUUUUACUAAUUAAAAAAAAACACUCCUUAAGGAUCCAGCCAGCACCGAUCAGGAAGAAGAAUAGUAUCCUUCUAUUUAUUGUUUGUGAGAUUUGCUACAAGUGGCGGCUGCUUUUUAUUUUUUUAUUUUUUUAUCGUGAGUUUCGAUUAAUAUGUCAAAGUACACGAGCUUCCCCGAGCCGAUGGACGACCACAACCCCUUCCAGGACCCUGCAGUGACCCAGCACAGCAGCAACACGGGAUAUGCCACACUGGACCUGUACAACCCCUUCGAUAACACAACAGCGCCUCCACCGCCGUAUGAAGCCACCUCUCCAUCAGCUCCCCCCGCGCCGGCACAGACUCCGCCCAGCAGGACCACGCCCACCGAGCCUCGGAACUAUGGCUCCUAUAACUCUCAGACCGUAGUGAGCGCCACCACCGCCGAGCUCCAGAGGAAGCAGGAGGAGCUGGAGAAGAAGGCCCAGGAGCUGGAGAGGAGAGAGCGGGAGCUGGAGUCGCACAGCCUGGGACCCGGAGCCUCCCGGCAGAAUAACUGGCCCCCGCUGCCGUCUUUCUGCCCAGUGGGGCCCUGCUUCUACCAGGACAUCAGUGUGGAAAUCAGCCAGCGUUUCCAGCGAACCGUCACCAUCAUGUACUACUUCUGGAUGUUCGGCACUUGCACGCUCCUCUUCAACCUGAUCUCCUCACUGGCCAUGUUCUGUGUGGACUCCACUGGUGGCGUUGGCCUGGGCCUGGCGAUCCUGUGGGCUCUCCUCUUCACCCCCUGCUCCUUUGUCUGCUGGUAUCGACCGGUAUACAAAGCCUUCAGGAGUGACAGCUCCUUCAACUUCUUCGCCUUCUUCUUCAUUUUCUUUGCCCAAGUGGUUGUUUAUGUCAUCAUGACCAUCGGCAUCCCCGGGUGGGGGUUCAGUGGCUGGAUUGUGAGCCUGGCUGCCCUGAAGACGAGUGUCCCCGUUGGUGCGAUCAUGUUGAUAAACGCCAUCCUCUUCACCGCCCAAACGGCCAUGGGAGUCGUCAUGCUGAAGAAGAUCCACGGGCUGUACCGGCAGACCGAUGCCAGCUUCCAGAAGGCUCAGGCCGAGUUCGCCACUGGAGUCAUGUCCAAUCAGGCCGUACGCCAGGCCGCCGCCAACGCCGCCUCCAGUGCCGCCCAGGGGGCCUUCACCGCCCCUCGGUAGAGAGGGACGAAUAAUGCUGGGAGGGGGAAGAUGAGGAGGAGGAGGAAGAGUCCCUUUCAGCUUGAUAAGGGGAUCAGUUUGCUAUUUAUUUCCCCGCCAGCGAUCCAAAAUUGAUGAGCGAGGAGCCAAGUCUCCAUAAUUAACCCCCUCCCCCCCUCCACCCCCCAGCCAAGUUAACUUGCAGGCAUGUGCAUGAGACUGAGGGGAAGUGGUCCGAUUUCUAAAGGUGUACAGGACAAGUUCGCUAUGUUGCCAAACCGAGUCAGCGAAUCAGAAGCGUUGAUUCAGAAAUCCAAACGAGAUGCUGAAGCUGGAGGAAAUGCGACGCGGUCUGAAGUGUCUGUGAACGCAGGGAAAAUGCUUUCGUUUUUUUUUGUGUGUGUGAAAAGACAAGCUGUGUGCCAAGUGGAGAGAAUCCUGGACGGCUCUCAUGUUGGAAAAGAUGUGAGUAUUGAUUAAUGAUGUGGAGUCAUGUUAAUAAAAAAAAAAAAAAAAAAUCAUAAAAGUGGAGCUGAACACUGAAAUUGCCAUCAUUACAUCAGAUCUGUAGCCAAGUAUGUUUAAAAUUUAGCCAGCACUCCUUUUUUUUUUGUUGUUGCUUGAGUGUAAACUAACAAGUUUCUUUUGUUUUGUUUUUUCUUGUCAUCUUUUCAAAUGAGAAUGCCUAUUUACUGUAUCGCCAAAACCUGUCAUCCUGUGAAGUGUUGUUUUGGUUCCUGUACCUGUCACUGUUCCGUUGGUGCUGCUUGUGGUUAUUCUGAGUAUUACACAUCACUGACUUGCUUUUAAUAAAAGUUGUCAUGCUUUCACA